AAGUGGACUAGAAGCUAUUUGGUUGGCUGAUGCAUCUACCGGUAUGUGCCGAUGGCACAGGGAAGUUAACUUGCAUUUAACACAUGACUGCAGUUUUCAUUCAAUGCAUGUUCUUCUGCAGGCGGAACAAGUCACUCCAUUCUACAGCUAUCGUAUUCUGCUUUCACAUGAUAUGAUAUCAUCUGACACUUAAGUGUAGGCCUGUCUGUAAACCACAGCUCCCCAUCCUCAACCUCCUCCUCCUCAUCAUCAUCACCGUCAUCAUCACCAUCACCAUCAUCACCAACAGCAGCAAAGCCACCAUCAUCAUCAUCGUCAUCCUUGUCAUCAUCAUCAUCAUCAUCAUCAUCAUCAUCACAAUCAUCAUCAACGAAGCUACCAUCAUCAUCAUCCUCAUCCUCAUUAUCACCAUCCUCAUCCUCGUCAACGAAGCCACCAUCAUGCCGGCCAUCGUGAACCUGCUCUUCCACACGGUCUCCACCAACACCACCAUCUCCUUCUCGCUGGUGCUGCCCCUGGUCAGCAUCCUCUCGCUGCUGGUGGGCGUGGGGGGCCACCUGCUGAUGUGGCUGGUCCUGAUGCGGAACCCGCGCCGGCGCUCCAAGCCCAGCUCGGUGCUGCUGCUGAACCUGAGCCUGGCGGACCUGGGCGCGCUGCUGACGCUGCCCUGCGUGCUGCUGAGCGCCAGCUCCCAGGACUGGCAGCUGGGCGGCGGCAUCUGCAUGCUGCUGGGCUUCAUGACCUCGCUGACGGCCGGCGUCGACGUCUUCAGCCUUGCCGCGCUCUCCGUGCUGCGCUACCGCAUCGUCGCCCCGCCCGCGCGGCCCAGCGUCAGCCCCGCGCAAGUGGCGGGCACGAUUGCCGUCAUCUGGCUGGUGUCGGUCACCAUGGCGCUGCCCAAGGUCACCUACAUCCAGUUUGACAGCGGCUGCACCUGGUCGGUGGGGCGGGACCAGUGGCUGGGCUUCCUGGUGCCGGCGUUCCUGGUCUACUACGUGGCGCCGCUGCUCUGCAUCGCCGUCAACUGCGGCCUCAUCAUCAUGCACUUGCAGCGUUGCCGCGGCACCCUGGCGGCCGACCGGCGCAACAAGAAGGCCACGGCGCUGCUGCUGGGCUCCACGCUGGUGUUCGCCAUCAGCUGGCUGCCGUACUACAUCCUGGAGUUUGUCAACGUCGCCUCGCCGUCUCUUUUGCCGACAGGUGGUGGCGUUGUGAACACAGACACGCCGCUGUCAUCGUUGCCGUCCCUGUUGUCGUCUGCGGCGUCGGCAACCGCGCUGGUCCCAGUGGCGCCGACGAGCGCGCUGCCGCUGCCGGACGCGAAGGUGUCGCUGCUGUGGGAGGUGACGUCUCUGAGCGCCAUCCUGCUGAUCUGCCUGGCGCCCUGCUGGAACCCGCCCCUCUACUUCCUGCUCUCGCGGCCUGCCCUGCGCCAACUACGCGCCCUGCUGCCCGCCGUGCCCAAGCGCUGGAAGGUCACGACCUUGUGCCGGCGUGUGGUGCCCGGGCCGCCGCCGCAGCUGCCGCCGUCUCCGCCGCCCGUCUCCUACCUGGUCACGCACACACUGCCCGUCAGGCUGGCACAGUCAGGGCCGCUGCUGACCGCUCUGGCCGGGCCCGAGACAAAGUCAUCUGAAAGAGCCCCCCCCAUCCCAAUAGAGAUGCAAUGUAAUGAGACCCCUCUCUGCCUGGGCCCGGGAUAACUGUCCUCUUUCUUUAUUCAUUUUUUGUUUAUAUCUUAUUUUAUAGGACAGAUGUAGCUCGCAUCACAGGGGUGCCUUAAUUCACCCUGCCAACUGCAGAAGUACGAGUUGCUAAGUAACACUGGCAGCCAAAGUAGGAAUGUAAAACUGUGUACUCGUGUUUUUAUGAUGGAGCAUUUCAUUUACAAUGUUCCGGCAAGCCAGCUGCUCCUCACACUCACUACUGCCUUCCUUCUUCUUUCUUUCUUUCUUUCUUUCUUUCUCUCUUUCUUUCUUUCUUUCUUUCUUUCUUUCUU